AUGGACUUACUUAGCAUGCAAUGUAAUGUAAUAAAUAAUCUAGCUAGAGGGAGUUCUUUCCAGCCGACUGUCGAGAUUUGCCUGCCGUUCUGUAUGUACACUUCAGCUUCAAUAGCUCUCGCCAUCCAAAUGUGCACUUUUGCGCAGCAGUACUUUCAUCCACCCCGACGUGAUCUUCUACGGCAUCAGCCUCCCGUGACCUCGCAACCGCCCAACCGCCCAAGCAGCAGCCAGAGAUACGGCUCCUACCAAGACCGACUGUACCUGAUCAACGACCCGGCUACCUAUCGACUGCGUCUACUUGGGCGGCCAAGGCGCUCCGCUCCGGGUGGGAAAGCAUGUCACAUGCUCUGCGAGAAGCCGUUGACGUCGAAUGCUGACGAGGCAAGGUUGUUGGUCCAGUUGGCUGAUGAAGGAGUUGGGGCUGGUCGGGCCAGCCAUGCACGCGCUGCUCCUAUUCGAGAGCCCGCACGACGGCCAUCUCAUCCAGAGCCGCAUCUACACGGACAUGGCGCGGCACUGGGCCGUGUGCAACACCGUGCCACGCAUCGCAUCUGGGAACUGCCCUCGAUCGAGGUCGAGAUCGUCUACUUCUACAACGCCCUCAUGCCGCACCUGUACCACUACAUCGACGUCACGGACAAGACGACCGGACUGGCCGCACGCAGUACCAGAAACAGUAAAGCGGUGGUCCACGAUGGGGGCGAGACCUGGACGACUGGAGGCGGCGGAAGGGGGGGGGGGGGGGGGGGGGGGCAAGGUCCUUCUGGAGCACGUGCUGUACCGCUGGCACUGCCACUCGAGGCGUUUGUCGACAAGGUUAGGAAGAAGAAGACGCCGCCGUGCUGGAUCCCGGGGGAGGAGAGUAUCGCGCAGAUGGAGGCCAUUGAUGCGAUCUACCGUGCGGCUGGGUUUCCGAUAAACGAGAGGGAUGUGCAGUUCCAUGGAUGUAGUUCCUAA